AUGCGCGAUACACCUUCCAAGUUCAUUGAGAUCCUCGAUCCAAAAGACUGUCGCUUACGUUCAGAGUCUGACGUUCGACUCGAGGAUGUACUGGCUCAUCACGAAGCUACUAUGAAUCGACCACGCUCCUCAACCCAGUCCUCGACCAAGCUCAUGGAUAAAUCUCAGCUAGACAAUGGCGUUCCAUUGUCACCCACUCAGCGGUGGAAGAGAUUCAGCAGUUUGCUUGCGCAACCACGAAGGAGCUCAUAG